AUGUCGUUCCUCAGAAAGGCACAGCAGCAUGUCGCACACACCUCAAAGCUUCCAGCGCUCGGCAACCAGGAUCUGAGGCAACUCCAGGACGUCAUUACCUCGGAAAAGAGCUUCAUUCAGUCCAACACCAAAGCAGCCACCGAAUUCAAGAAAAACGCAGAAGCCAUCAAGGCCUGGUCCGCCGAAGAAGGCCCCGAUCUCAAUGACGUCGCUGGCAAGGUCUCGUUACUCUAUGAUCACUAUGCCGCCUCUCAGAACCGCCUCAAUUCGCAUCUCAGCACCGUUCGACUACACUUUAAGUCCAUCCGCACCCGCGAAGAAGCGCUUGCAGACCUCAAGAGUCGCAAACGCUCCCUCGGCUCUGACAUCGAAAAGGUUGAACGCAAGUUGGCGAAGAUGGGGCCCGAGAACAAGGAGCUUAUGAAGGUCACGGCUCAGCUCAAAGAUAUGCGCGGAGAGAUGGAGGGUCUGCACAUCGAAGUCAUGGAGGAAGAAGCGGCUAUUGGUGAUUUCAAGCGCAGAACCAUCAGAGAAGCUCUUGGCAUCAAGUCCGGCGCCCUCCUCGAGAUGGCUGAGAAACUGACCAUCGUGGCCGAAAUAUCCAAGCUCAUGCUCGACGAGAUCCCACUGCACCCUACACAGCCGGGCAUGCCUCGUGCAGAAUACUAUGGGUUUGCAAAGACCGAGUCUUUGCUGCAAGAAGCGACUCGCGCCAUCGCAGACGUCGGCUUCAAUCCCACCGGUCCUUCCGCAGGUGUCCCACGAUUCGGCGAUCUGUCCCUCGCUGACACCACUGCAAACGGUUCGCGCGCCGGCGACCUGAGCCAUUCUUAUGCCGCCCAACACGAUGCCGUCGAUGGCUACCACCACACCGACCUGCCCACCCACGGCUCGAGCGGCGAUAUCGAUCCAGACACCGGUUACAGUCCUUCCACCAACCGCGUUCUCAACACCGACGAAGUCGCGCGCACUCCCAUUUAUGCUCAGCACGCUUCCCGAUCGCAGUGGGCACAGGAUGGCAAUGGCACCACUCCUCCCGGCGAACAUGCUCUCCCCGAUGCUUCCACCAGCGAAUGGGCACAGUCGAGCUACGAUCGCGGUGACACUUCCACUGCCUCCGCUGCCGCCGCUGCUGCCAUGGCUGCGACUGCGGGCGCGGACCUGAACGUCGUGCCGGGUCAUGGCGAUGGACAGGAUGGUGGCUUCCUCAUGCAGAACAGCCAGUCUUACACGGGUUCUGCGGGCGGUCUUCAUGGUGCUGCUGCUGCCGCUGGUGGUAGUGGUCCAGCUUACGGCUCGAACAGGAACAGCGCCGACUAUCACAGUGCGCAGGGUGGUCACCACGCCGCCGCGCCCACCGACGCGACAGUUACAGGCGGCGCUGCCUCUACCGAGGGUGGCCACCAGUCGGAUGCUUACGACGGCUACACUACGGGCGCGGGCACUAGUCCGCAAGCGCAACAAUACGAGCCUGCCACUGCGGCGCCUCCUGUUGCAGCAAUGCUCGGUGCUCCCACGCUGCCUCCACUGCGCACUGCUACUCCUCUCAACGGCUCGGCAACUGCAGCACAGGCUACCGUCACGUCACCGGUAUCGUACGCUGCUGCCAAUGCUGCUGCUACCGACGAUUCGGCCUACUUCCAAUCCAUCGGCAGCACGCGCGCUAUGCAGGAAGCCGUGCGUCGGCCCAUUUCGCCUGCACAGAAUGCCAACCGCGUAUCGUCGUACGGUGCACUGGGUACCGGUGCUUCGCCGCAACAGCCUGGUGGUGCGGAGGGCAAGAAAGUCACAGCCGCCGCCUUCCGUCGUGGAUUCUCGCGCAACCCUUCGAGCCAAGCCAACAUGAGCGCACAGCUUCCACCAUCCGCUACGGGCAACUCGCUUUAUGAUGAUGCACAGCAGCAGCAGCCUUGGUCCGCUGCGUCGCACCCGCUCCCGCAACCGCCGGCGCUGCACUCGAAUCUGUCGACCCCGGCGCCUCCAGGCGCGUACAUGUCGUCAACCACCCCGGAUGGGUCUGACCACUCGUCGUCGGUUCCGCCUCUGCACAUCCAGAAACGCAACUCGAACUCGCACAACCCCUUGGGCGCCGCGGCGGCUGCGGGCACGCCUGGGAACCUGGGCGGGAGGCGGUACAGCAACGAGCUGAGUGUCGGGGGGCAGGAGUUUCCCGCGCCGCCGUAUGGGAACGAGGGAGCAGGUGCGGGGGCGCCGUAUGCGCAGAGACAGCAGCUGCAGAGGAACCAUUCGUCACAGUAUGCCGAGUAUGCCGCGCCCCCGCCACCUGGGUAUGGGUAUGCCUGA